AAUCUUCUCAUAUCUAUCAACAACUCAUAGCUGUAUUCUUGUCCUGAUGGGUUAUGUAGGAGUUGUUUUGAUGGGUGUGGUGAGUAUUGUUAUUGUAAGUAAGAUUUGGGAGGUGUUUAAGGUUGUGGUCUGGAGACCAUAUUGGCUGACGAAAACCUUUGAGAAGCAAGGAAUCAGAGGACCAACUUACAAGUUGCUGUAUGGUUCCCUUAAGGAGAUAAAGAAGCUGAAGAAGCUUGCAAGAGAUGCAGUUUUAGAUACUGAUUCCAAUAUUGAUAUCACUCCCAGAGUUCUCCCACACUAUCAUAAGUGGUCCUCAGAAUACGGUGACACAUGGCUAUACUGGUUCGGCACGCAGCCAAGAAUCACAACAACAAACCCUGAGCUGGCCAAACAAUUACUAUCAAACAAGUUCGGCUUCUAUGUUAAGCCCAAGACAAGGCCAUCAAUACGACUUCUCACUGGCAAUGGAUUGGUUCUCGUUGAUGGACUAGACUGGGUUAGGCACAGAAGAAUUCUCAAUCCAGCCUUCUCUAUCGACAAGCUCAAGAGUAUGAUAAAGAAAAUGGCGGAUUGCACCAUGUCGAUGCUUGAUGAGUGGAAAAAUAUGGCUGGAGUGGGGGAUGAGCAAAUUGUCAAGAUAGAGAUGAAUGAAUUUUUUCAGAAGCUCACGGCUGAUAUAAUUGCCCACACUGCCUUUGGCAGUAGUUACGCUGAGGGAAAACAAGCCUUUAAAGCGCAAAGAGAGCUUCAAAAAUGCUGUGUAGCUUCAUUUACCGAUAUUUUCAUCCCCGGUAGCCAGUAUCUGCCUACUCCAUUGAAUCUUCGGAUGUGGAAGCUAAACAGGCAGCUGAAGAAUUCGUUGAAGAGCAUAAUAGAUGGCAGAAUAAAGGCGAAGGCUAGUUCAGAUGGUUGUUAUGGCGAUGAUCUGAUUGGGCUAAUGAUUGAAGCUUCAGUAACUAAAGCUGAUGAUAUCAAAACUAGUCCAAAAAUGAAAACGAGUGAAAUCAUGGAAAACUGUAAAACAUUCUUCUUUGCUGGGCACGAGACCACCUCAAAUUUACUAACAUGGACAACGUUCUUGUUGAGCUUACACCCAGAAUGGCAAGAAAGACUUAGAGAAGAAGUGUUGAAGGAAUGUGGGAUGGGAAUUCCAGAUGCAGACAUGUUAGCUAAGUUAAAAUUGGUUAACAUGGUUCUACUCGAAGCUUUGAGGCUGUACUGUCCGGUAAUAAUGUUGGUGAGAAAGCAAUCAGAAGACAUGAAACUGGGAAAUUUGAUGAUCCCAAAAGAAACAUGCAUAUCAAUUCCAAUUGUGAAGAUUCAUAGGAGCAAAGAAUACUGGGGAGAAGAUGCAAGCGAGUUCAAUCCAAUGAGGUUCGUCAAUGGGAUCUCCAAGGCUGCAAAACACCCAAAUGCUUUGCUGGCAUUUUCGAUGGGUCCAAGAGCUUGCAUAGGCCAGAAUUUUGCAAUGAUGGAAGCGAAAACAGUGCUUGCUCUGCUUCUGCAAAGAUUCUCUUUUUCACUCUGCCCUGAGUACAAGCACGCCCCAGUCGAUUAUCUGACUCUGCAUCCGCAGUAUGGUCUGCCCAUUAACGUUAAAUCUUUGCUUUUGUAAGAUGGAGCUGAAUUGUUUGAUUUUCUAGAUAUAAUAUGAAUAUUAUAAUUUCAAUGUACGGUUUGAGAUUAGAUUUUGCUCUUAGGUAAGUCCAAUGGAGUUGGUACUCUUAUAAUUAUAAUUUCAAGGGAGUUUGGUACUCUUA